AGGCCAUCAGGUACAAGUCCUCCGUCGCCCACACAAUGCUGGGCGCGGGGAUGGCUGUACAGGGCGACCUGCAAGACAGCGACCUGCGCGUGUACUUCCACCUGAACCUCGCGCGGCGGGCGCGCGCGCGAGGCGAGUCUGCUCGACGCGAUGGUCACCCGCGGGCAGACCGAACUCCUGAAACACCCGCUUUGCGAAACAUUCCUGCACCUCAAGUGGCUGAUUGUGUCUCCGCUCUUUUAUAUGAAACUAGCAAUUUACGUGUGUUUGGUUACCUCUCUCACAGGAGACGUGUGUCUCAGGGCGGUUCUCCCAACCCCAGGGAACGCCAGCCUGCCCCGAGGAGCGGAGAGUGCGGGCGUGGACACGGACGUGGUGCUGAUUCUGGCCACCAUCUGCCAGGCGGUCGCAGCCACCCUGCUGGUGCUGGUGGCCCUGAGGGGCAUCGCGCUCAUGGUCGUCUUGAGAACCUUGCACUGGCGGAGGCUGGAGAAGUGGAUCGAGGUGAUCUUCUGCGCCUGCUCAGUGCUGCUCCUGGUGAUGGAGGGCCCCCUGAGGCCCUGGGAGCGCCACGUGGCCGUCUUUUCCCUCAUGCUGGGCUGGUUCCAGAUCACGGUGCUCAUCGGCCACAUCCCCGCGGUGGGCAUCUACGUGCAGAUGUUUCAGACUGUGUCGCUGCGGCUGCUGGUGUUCGCGGGGAUCUUCUCGUCCCUGUUCGUGGGCUUCGCCGUCUCGUUCCACCUGGUGUUCGAGGCGCGCGUGUUCGAGCACGUGACCACGGCGCACCUCAAGACGCUGGCCAUGAUGGUCGGCGAGCUGGACUUCGCGGACGUCCUCGGCCCGGACGCGCCCGACGCCCUGCCGGGCACCGCCCAGGUGAUGUACGUGGUCUUCGUGAUGGCGAUGACGGUGGUGGCGACCAACCUCAUGGUAGGGCUGGCAGUGCAGGACAUCCAGGAACUCCAGAAAGAGGCUGGCGUCCGCCGCCUGGCCCUGACGGUGGAGCAGGAGGAGGCAGUGGAUCGAGCGCUGCGGUCGUCGCUGCUGAGCUCCCUCCUGCCCGCCGCCGUCGCCUUGUGGCUGCGCAGGAGGUUCUCGCUGCUCUUCCACUUGCCGCCGAGGCAGCUGCUCUUCCAGACGCCGGGAUAUCACGUGAAAAAUCUACUUGGGUCCGAGUGGAGCGGAUCAGGAAACAGGUACAACAUCUUCAUUCGCCCGAACGACCGCUUGAACCCCGGCCAGGUAUACUGCAGCAUGAAGACCAACAUGCUGGUGCCGACGGGAUACUUCCUGCCAGAAUGGGUCCUCAGGAACACGAGAAACCUGCUCGAUACCUGCGGCUUCGUCGAGCACAACAAAGAAAAUGACAUCAUGGAAGACGACCAAGAAGAAUAUGAUAUCAAGAAAGAACCCAUUAGCCUGGAAGCGCUUCAAGACCAAAUAAGUGACUUGCAGGGGUCUGUUCGCCACAUAACACAAAUGUUGCAAAAGAUUACUGACGAAAUAUAGAAAUACAAUGUA